UAGCUAGGUUACUAAAUUGUAUUGUCUCAAUCAUAGUAAAAUCAUAUACUGUUGAGAUGAAACUGUAUGGAUGUUGAGAUCGUAACACAGGUUUUUAUAUUCAGUUUUGCUAAAGCACAUCUAGAUUUUACGCGGAGAUUCGUGCAAACAUUUUCUUUUGUCCUUUUUCUUUUCCUAGUUUGAUCGAUCCACUUAGAUGUGCAAUAAUUAGGACACAUCUAGAUGUGCCCGAAAGGCCCUUUUAUAUUUUAGUGUAUAUUAGAGAAUCACAUAUAUUAGCUAAAAGCAAUCUAGUGCCACACCUUUUGUUUUCACAUUUUUUAUCCAUUAUUGAUAUAUUAUUUAUUUGUAAUUGGUCACUAUGACUCAUAAUGAGGUUGAUUGAUCAUCUAAUAAUACUAGAUAUUCACAAGAAUGAAUGAGUGGUUAAUAUAAGCAUUUACCUGAAAAACAAGGAGGGAACUAAUUACAAUCUUAUACGUUUUCUGUUGCCCUGUAUCUGUUGAAUACAGGGUGGCUCCUUCAGCAUGUAUGUUCAAACCAAACAGUACUGUUUGUGGGAGCUUUGAUCAAAGGUUGGCCACACUUCGUAGUGUUGGGGAGCAUGCUAGUGACUAUGAGCUGAGGCUCCUCUUGAAGGAGAAAACCGCCCCCAUUUGCUAUGUCUGGUGUGAUCCCUCCCCCUGGAUGACUAUAACCCAGGUAUAUGAAUAACUAGCUAGAUCUUGAUUCUGGUCACUUGAUUUUAAAUUCUGUUUUAGGAAACACCGAAAAAUAAUCCUUCAUUGAUGUAAUGUUUGUAGUGUCCUACAUUUAAAUGUCCAGAGUUAGGAUGAAUUCAGGUGCCAACAGUCUUAAUCAUAUAAAUCAGGGUAUCGCCUUCUCAAUCUAUGUCUGACUAUGUAUUUUAGCAAAAACCUUUGCCAUGGUAAUUUGCUUUGCAAGUAUGCUACAUUUUCUGGAUUUCAUUGUAUGGCAUGACACGUUGUAUUAAUGACUCGUUGUAUUAAGCAAAAUCAAAACUUCUUUAAAUGUAAAGGGUGGUUAGAUCAAAUAGAAAUUUAUUGUUAUAAAUUAAAUGUUCACCUUUCAUAUGUACUAAGUUAAGUAUAUUAACUACUAAAUCUGUUACCUCUGCUUUUUAUUUUUCCUUCAACAAUUUAUAUAUGAGAUGUUUUCAUUUUGCUUAAUUGCUGAUGAUGUUUGUAGUUCUGGGGAUCUUUUCAAUCCUGUAUUCGAUCUUCACUACAUGUUUUAAAUGGAUUUAUCCUUGUUGUGCAGGGAAUUUCAAUGACAAUUAAUGUUAAUAAGUUGGUUAAAGCUGGAUGCGAAGUUAAAAUGUUGAUGGCAGAUUGGUUUGCUCUAAUGGACCCUAAGAUUGGUGGUAACAUAUGCAAAGUGCAGACUAUUGGCAGGUACAAUAUUGAGAUGCUGAGAGCAUCUGGCAUGAACCUCGAUGGGGUGGAGUUUGUGCAGUUGUCAGAUUUAAUAAGCUGCCAUGCAGAAGAGUACUGGCCAGUUGCCAUGGAUAUUGCAAGAAAUAGCAAUCUUAGUGAAAUUAAAAGAUGUUUCAGUAUUCAUGCAUCAGAAGAUGCAAGAGUGCAGUUCUACUACUUCCAGAGCUAUGAUGUAUUCCUCUGUUCUAACACAUUAAAUGGAUAUUCUUCAAUAGUUGCCCUCUGUUUAUUGCAGGAACAUGUCAGUAGAAAAAUAGAGAAUGCUUUCUGCCCUCCAAAAUUUGCAGAAGACAAUCCAUGUUUGGAGUACAUAAAGUAUAUAAUCUUACCUUGGUUUAGAAAAUUUGAGGUUGCUCGGAUGGAUGAUAAUAGUUACAGCAAGUAAGUUUUUUAUAUGUAAUUUGCAAGUUGAAUGUUCAACUAUAUUCAUCACAUGUUCACUAACCCAAAAUUUGUGAAAAAUAUAAUUGUGUAAAUAUUUUGUGACAACUGACAGCUGCUACCUUACACAGAAUCUUCUUGAGCAUGGAGGAGAUUAUUGCUGAUUAUAAAAGUGGCGCUCUGCAUCCUGCUGAUUUGAAGGUGGCUCUUAUCAAGGCCACUAACUUGAUUUUGCAGGUAACUCUUUUUUUAUAUUAUAAUUAUUGA